AUGGGCAGCCACCAGAAUGGAGCUUCGCUCCCCCGUAUUUACGAAAACAAACUUGCAAUUGUCACCGGCUCCGUUCGAAUUAAGGAAAUCUUUACCCCAGUGGAUGACCUGAUGCAUUUUGACAAAGUCAUAGGCAUCGGCGCAGCGAUCGUGCGAAAUUUGGCUAGCAAGGGCUGUAAUGUGAUAAUUAAUUAUGCCACGGUGAGCUCUGAUGAUGCUGCGGAAAUUCCUGCGAAAGACCUUGAGCAAGUAUAA